AUGAGGCUCCCGACCACUGAACGGUACAGUGUUGUGGUCUCCUCCUCGGGAGUGUCAUCAGAGGUUGAUGUCAAACUUCUCCAGAGGUAUUCUAUGCUUAACGCUAAUCCGGUGGCUACUCCUAUGGAACCCGUAGAGAGCGUCACCACAUUGCCGGACAACAAGCUCUUCGCCCAAAUGCUCUAUCCCGGAGAUCUGUUCGUCUUCCCUCGGGGACUCGUUCACUUCCAGCUCAAUGUUGGAAAGGAGCCUGCGGUUGCGAUGGCUGGCUUCAACAGCCAAAACCCCGGGGCGACUCAGGUGGCCAAGGCGGUGUUUGAUUCCAAUCCUCCAAUCAAUGACGACGUGAUCGCGAAAGCGUUCCAGAUUGACGACCGUGGUCUCAUCCAGAAGCUGAGAGAGCUCAUCGGCAUGACUUGAAAGUUUCUCCAAAGGUUGCGAGGCUGACUUGA